AUGGCGGACAAAGACGCCGGUCCCGACGUGCACGCCGAAAAGGCUGACGUCCAGCAAGAUGGCGCCCGUCGUGGCUCUCUUCGCGACACCGCCUGGAAAGACGAGAAUGUGCGCAAGGCCAGCAUCGCCGCCAUGACAGAGAACGUUACUGGCGAGAUCCGCAACCCCUUGACUGGCAUCCCACGCGACCAGCUCAUGUCCGACGUCGAGGACUAUGCCACCAAGAACCAACUCUCAGACAUCCUGCCCCUCCUCCGCAAAGGCGCCAUUGCGGCCCAAGACCCCGCCGGCUUCGAGAGCAUCCCCGAGUUCGACGAGACGGACCGCACCCAUCUCCGCAACGAGGUCCUCCGCCGCUGGAAGCACCCCAAGAUCCUCUACAUCACCAUUGUCAUGAAUUCCAUUGCCGCCGCCAUCCAAGGCUGGGACCAGACCGGCUCCAACGCCGCCAAUCUGGGCUUCCCCAUCGACUUCGGCAUCCCCGACACGCCGGAGAAUGGCUGUACCGACGACUGUGAUCGCAACACGUGGAUCAUCGGUUUCGUCAAUAGUGCGCCGUACAUCGCCAUCGCUCUGUUUACGGCCUGGAUCUCCGACCCCUUCAACGACCUCCUGGGCCGCCGCCACACCAUCUUCAUCGCCGCCAUCUUCUCGCUGAUUGCGCCCUUCGGCAUGGCGGUCACGCAGACGUGGGGCCAGCUCGUCGCGUGCCGCAUGCUGCUCGGUAUUGGCAUGGGCUUGAAAGAGGUGACGGUCCCGGUGUUCUCGGCGGAGAAUGCGCCGACUAAUGUGCGCGGUGGUUUGGUCAUGUCGUGGCAGGUCUGGACGGCCUUUGGCAUCUUCCUGGGCACCUGCGCCAACUUGGCCGUCAAGGAUGUGCCAGAUAUCGCGUGGCGUCUGCAGCUCGGGUCGGCCUUCAUCCCGGCUAUCCCGCUCGUCCUUGGUAUCUAUUUCUGUCCGGAGUCUCCCCGUUGGCUCAUGAAGAAGGGCCGCCACGCCCAGGCGUACAAGUCUCUGAAGCGGCUGCGCAACUCGGAACUGCAAGCUGCGCGAGACCUGUAUUACAUCCACUCGCAGUUGAUGCAAGAGGAGAUGCUCCUGGAGGAAUCUGCCGCGAUCAAGACCAAGGGGAACAUGUUCACCCGUUUCGUCGAGCUGUUCACCAUCCCGCGCAUCAGACGUGCCACUCAGGCUAGUGGUAUCGUCAUGAUCGGGCAACAGAUGUGCGGUAUCAAUAUCAUAGCGUUCUAUUCCUCGACCGUGUUCGUUCAGGCUGGCGCUUCGUACACCACUGCUUUGCUCGCAUCCUGGGGCUUCGGUCUGAUCAACUUCGUCUUCGCGUGGCCGGCCGUCUGGACGAUCGAUACAUUCGGCCGACGUGCCCUGCUGCUCUUCACCUUCCCGAACAUGUUCUGGCCCCUGCUCGUGGCGGGCAUGUGCUUCUACAUCCCCACUGGAAGCGAUGCACGCCUAGGCUUGAUCGCACUCUUCAUCUACAUUUUCGAUGCCUUUUACUCACCGGGCAUGGGUCCCGUGCCCUUCACCUACUCGGCCGAAGUCUUCCCGCUCUCGCACCGCGAGAUCGGCAUGUCCUGGGCGGUCGCGACCAACAAUUUCUGGGCCACCGUGCUGUCCUUGACCUUCCCGUACAUGCUCCGCAGCUUCACACCGCAGGGCGCCUUUGGAUUCUAUGCCGGGCUGAAUAUCCUCGCGCUGCUCAUGAUCUUCAGCUGGUUCCCAGAGACGAAGCAGCGCUCUCUCGAAGAGCUCGACUACGUCUUCGCCGUCCCCACGCGCACCCACAUGAAGUACCAGUGGGGCACCGUGCUCCCCUGGUGGAUCCAGCGCUACGUCUUUAUGCGCAAGGGCAGGCCGUCGCCGACGCUGUACAAGUUCGACCAGGACGAGGCUGGGAAUGUGGUGCCGGCGGGCGGUUAUGCUGCUAGACACUCGGGUGGUGGUGGUGGCAGCAGCGGCAGCGAUAAUGGUGGCCAUACGGACGUUGUGAAAACCGUCUAA